AUGAAGCUCCUCCUCCCCCUCCUCUCCGCCACCGCGGCCUCCGCCCACACAAUCUUCUCCUCCCUCGAAGCCGGCGGCGUCAACAGCGGCGUCGGCGUCGGCGUCCGAGUCCCCUCCUACAACGGCCCCAUCGAGGACGUCACCUCCUCCUCCAUGGCCUGCAACGGCCCGCCCAACCCGACCACGCCCACCUCCAAGGUCAUCACCGUCACCGCCGGCCAGUCCGUUACCGCCGUCUGGCGCUACAUGCUCAACAGCGGCGGCUCCGCGCCCGCCGACAUCAUGGACUCCUCGCACAAGGGCCCCACCAUCGCGUACCUCAAGAAGGUCUCCGACGCGACCACCGACACCGGCGUCGGCGGCGGCUGGUUCAAGAUCCAGGAGGACGGCUUCAGCAACGGCGUUUGGGGCACCGAGAAGGUCAUCAACGGCCAGGGCAAGCACACCAUCAAGAUCCCCGCGUGCAUCGCCCCCGGGCAGUACCUGCUGCGCGCGGAGAUGAUUGCGCUGCACGGCGCGGGGAGCUACCCCGGCGCGCAGUUCUACAUGGAGUGCGCGCAGAUCAAUGUCGUGGGCGGCACGGGGGCCAAGACGCCGGCCAACACGGUCAGCUUCCCUGGCGCGUACAAGGGCACCGACCCCGGUGUGACCAUCAACAUCUACUACCCCGUCGUUACGUCGUACACCAUCCCGGGACCCCAGCUCUUCACCUGCUAG